UAAUCAGAACACUGAUGUAAAUUUAAGGAUGCUCCAGAAACUGGGAGAUUUCUGGCUGCAAAAUAAGUCAACUUCCAAUGCUGGGAGACCCAUAAAAGGAACCAGUGGUAUAUGAAGAUGGGACCAUGAAGAGAAAGCAGAAGGAAUAAUAAUGCUUUUCCGAAACCGUUUUCUGUUCUUGCUGGCCUUGGCAGCCUUGUUGGCCUUUCUGAGCCUCAGUCUACAAUUCUUGCAUUUAAUACCAGUAAACCCAGUCAGGGAAGAUGGGCUGAAUCCUAAGAGCCGAAAGAGAAUAAUGCCUGAUUUGCUGACAGAGCCUCCUGCCAUAGAUCCUGUUUAUGAAGCUCAUGUUUACUGCAAUAUUCCCACCAUUGCUGAACGCAGCAUGGAAGGUCAUGCACCUCAUUAUUUUAAGCUGGUGUCAGUUCAAGUGUUGAUUCGACAUGGUGAUAGGUAUCCACUCUAUGCCAUUCCCAAGACAAAGAGACCUGACAUUGACUGUAUGUUGGUGCCCAGCAGGAAACCGUCUCAUCCUCAGCUUGAAGCUUUCAUUAAACAUAUGUCCAAAGGGUCUGCAGCCCAAAUGGAUGGUUCCCUGAGCAGCCUCCCUCGCUACCCCAGUCAUUCUCUGUGUGAGAUGGGAGAGCUUACACAGACAGGGAUUGUACAACACUUGAGGAAUGGACAACAAUUACGAGAAAUAUAUAUAAACAAACAUAAACUGCUUCCCAGUGACUGGACAGCAAAACAGCUCUACUUGGAGACAACAGGGAAAAGUCGAACCCUGCAGAGUGCAUUGGCCCUGCUCUACACCUUUCUGCCAGAUUUUGACUGGAAAAAAAUUAACAUGAGGCUUCAGUGGAGCACCAUUUUCUGCUCUGGAAGCUGUGACUGCCCCAUGAGAAACCACUACCUAGAGGAGGAGCAGCGCAGACAGUACAGCUUGCGGGUGAAAAACAAUGAUUUGGAGAAAAUAUAUGUGGAUAUGGCAAAGAUUGUGGGCAUUCCCACCAGGCAGCUGAGAGCUUCUAACCCUAUAGAUUCUCUCCUGUGCUAUUUUUGUCACAAUGUCACUUUUCCGUGUACCAAAACUGGCUGCAUUGGUAUGGAACACUUCAAAGUAAUCAAGAGACAUCAGUUGGAGGAUGAGAGAGAAAGACAGGAAAAGAAACUUUAUUUCUUGUAUGCGCUGUUGGCCACUCAUCCUUUCCUCAACCAGACUGUUGAUCGGCUGCAACGCGUCGCUGAAGGCAAGAAAGAAGAAGUAUUUGUUCUCUACUCUGCACAUGAUGUUACACUGUCACCUGUUCUCAGUGCCUUGGGCAUUACAGAGGCCAGAUUUCCUAGAUUUGCUGCCAGAUUAGUUUUUGAGCUGUGGCAGGAUGGGAAGAGACCCAAAGAACACUUUAUCCGCAUCCUGUAUAACGGUGCUGACGUUACAUUCCAGACCUCGUUCUGCAAGGAUCAUUAUAAACAUUCCAGCAAGCCAAUGUGCCCACUAGAAAAAUUUGUCAACUUUGUCAAGAGGGAUAUGUUCUUAAUUUUUAACAGCACGAGUUACUACGAUGCCUGUCGGAGGAGAGCACUGUAGAGAAGGAGAGAGAAAAGGAGGCAAUGUUAACUUGUCUCAGUGAAAUCUGUUUUCUGGUUGAGGCACAACUCAGCUUUGUUAUUUCUUGUACUUGUGUGUGUAAGUACAGAAGGAUAUUGCUUGAAACAUUCUUCAAAUGGUUUCAUUUUCAUUCGGACUGCAGAUGGUCUCCAGUAGAAGAACAAAUACCGAGUGUUACAUAUGUGUGUGCUCACAGAUGCUGUUAAUUGUAAUGAUAAAUCACAUGGGCUACUGUAACCUGGACAUGGCUUGAUAAAGAGUGAGAGAGCAUAGACUUUGUGUCUCUGUAUUCCAGAGCAAUACUUGGAUACUAUAAGUUUAAAACCAAAACUUUUUUUUUUUUUGUUUCCCACCACCAUCUCACAGUCAUUUUAAGCAGUUUGUGUCAAGGUCUUUUAUGAAUUCCAGGCAUCUGCAUUAAGGCAUUUGUAAGGAAUUUUUGAAUUUCCUUAUUCAAAAGAAGCCUUCUAAUGUUAUGGGGCAGGUCUUUAAAGCAAAGUGCAUGUGUGUGUCUGUGCAUACUUACCUGAGCAUGUACAAAUGAGUGUGUGCCUUGUUGACCUCACAGACCUAUAAACACGUGGCUACUGUUGCCAGUGCCAGAGAAGGAUGCACUGGAAAAUGGAUACAGAACUCUAUUCUUUGAUUGCACUUUCAGCACUUUGAAUAGUUCAAACACAGUCUAGAAAUAUGUAAAGGUCUUGUGACAUUAAAAUAGAUAGCAAACACUAGCUGCGUCACUGAACCUGAGUGGGAAAUUAGGAUUAGAAAGCAGUUUUAUGGUGAAGUGUUGGGCUCUUUCCCAUUGUGAACGUGUUCAAACUGUUGUGUUAUGGAAUAAAUCAGUGGUUUAGGAAUUUGCUAUGGUGACUGCUUGAGACAGCUUGACUAAAUACUGGGAAAAUUUUGUAGCUGAGUUAGUAUUUUUAUGGACUAGGAAGCUCUUAUUUUAUAAGACCAAACUUGUACAUAUUGUACUGUGUAUAUUUAUAACACAGUAGAUUUUUCUUACUUGUUUAGUUUGUAAAGACUUGUGAAGUUCACUUUUUAGACAUUGUUUUUCCCCUUGAUUGGGAUGUUUAGGCUCAAGAAAAAACUGUAGUUUAUGGGUAAUUUGAACAAUGAGUAGAUGUGAAAACUUGUACUUCAGACUGCUUUCAUCUCUGUAGGAGUAGUAAAUUGAGAAUCAAUUUUUACUAGAAUUCAUAGAAAUUUUAUAAUGGUGGAGGGUUUUUACACCUCUAGAAAUAAAUUAGUCUGUGACUUGUGAUUCAAUGGUGCUAGUUUAUCAAAGAAAACAUAACUCUGCGUAAGUUCUCUGACUAUUGGCAUUCCACUCUCUCUUUUUUCAAUGCUGCAUUUGAACAUAUAUCUUUAAAUAAAAUUCUGGGGACUCUUUGUA